AUGGCGUUGGCUUCGAGACCAUUCGCUGUCACCAAUGUUCGGUUUGAGCACUAUCUGCCCGAGUAUGCUCUCGGCUUGCACGAGUCACAGCCUCGCAUCUCAUGGCGAUUCCAGAACGCGCCUGAAGGGUUCCAACAACAUGGAUACGAGUUGGAGCUUGUCGACAUUCCCUCCUUGUCGCAAGAGGCGCGCAACCCGGCUACGUUCAAGGUCGAUUCCGGUGCAUCGGUCCUGGUCCCCUGGCCGCAUCACGAUCGUCUUCGCUCUCGACAGAGAGUGGGUGUCCGAGUCAGGGUCUGGGAUGCAGUUGGUUUCAGUUCCGACUGGAGUGAGCAGAGUGCUCUAGAGGUCGGGCUGUUGAGUCGGCAGGACUGGAAGUGCCAGCGCAUCACGACGUCGUGGCCAGUCGAUCCGUCGAGACCUGGACCCGAACACCUCUUUCGCAAGCAAUUCUCGACACGAUCUGAGGUGGCACAUGCGCGGCUGUACAUCACCGCACAAGGCCUCUACGAGGCCAACAUCAACGGCUCCAGGAUUGGCGAUCAGCUCUUGACGCCGGGUUGGACAGAUUACUCGAAACGACUCCAGUACCAGACAUACGACGUAACUCACCUCAUCUCCUCCGGACCCAGCAAAAAUUGCGUCGGAGUGCGACUCGCCGAAGGGUGGUUCUGUGGCCGCAUCGGAUUCGAGGGCGGGAGACGAAAUAUAUGGGGAUCUCAGAUGACCUUGCUCGCGCAGUUGGAGAUACAAUAUGCAGACGGCGCUCACGAAAUCAUCAGUACUGAUGACACAUGGCAGACCACACCAGGGCCGACCCGAUUAGCCGAGAUCUAUGACGGGGAGAAAUAUGAUGCCAAUCUCGAGAUCCCGGCCUGGUCAACUGGGGACAGCGCGAAUUCUGGAGUCUGGCGGAACGCAACGGCCCUUGAGAGCCUCCCAGAAACGACGAAGUUGGUCGCAGGCACAGGAGAACCUGUGCGGGCAGUCGAGGUUCUCAAGCCUGUUGACCUUAUUCACACACCCAGCGGAAAAUCCAUCCUCGAUUUCGGCCAAAACUUCACAGGCUAUACACGGAUCAAAAGAGUCAGGGGAGCAAAAGGACAGACCCUUACUCUCUGGCAUGCUGAGGUCCUCGAGCAUGGAGAGCUGGGAAGACGACCCCUACGCCAGGCGGCCGCCUGUGAUCAAUAUACCUUCUGUGGUGCAGCUGAGGGUGAGUCUUGGGAGCCGAGAUUCACGUUCCAUGGAUUCCGAUAUGUGCAGGUGGACGGGUGGCCGGCUCCAAAGGGGGAAAGAGCCAUGAUGGAUUCCUUCGAGGCAGUGGUGAUUCAUUCCGCCAUGGAGCCCGUUGGGGCCUUUUCAUGUUCCGACCCUCGAUUGGAAAAGCUGCACUCGAACGUGAAGUGGAGCAUGCGCAGCAACUUUGUUUCCAUCCCAACCGAUUGCCCGCAACGGGACGAGAGGCUGGGAUGGACUGGUGACCUUGCCCUGUUCGCUCCGGCCGCGACAUUAUUGUACAACUGCUAUGGCCUCGUGUCAAACUGGUUGGUUGACGUCAGAGGAGAUCAGGAUGAUUUAGAUGGGGUCCCGCCAGUGGUGAGCCCCAAUGUGGUCAAAGAGGACAAGGUCUGGGGGCAAGUAACCCCGUUCGCCAUCUGGCACGAUUGCACCAUCCUCGGGCCAUGGGCUUUGUACCAGGCAACAGGCGAUUCGACCAUACUUGCCUCUUCGUACGAGAGCAUGACUACCUGGCUGGACCGGAUUCCGCGAAAUAAAGCGAGGGACAACAUCCUGUGGGAUCCUAGCUUUUUCCAACUUGGGGAUUGGCUGGAUCCCACGGCCUCGCCUCACGAUGCUGCGCGUGGACAGACCGACAGUGUGUUGGUAGCUGAUGCCUUCUUGAUCCACUCCCUCGAGACCAUGGCGAGCGUAUGCACAAUACUGGAGGCCGACAGCACCCAAGCAGAAACUUAUGGCGCCGCGGCUGAACGGUACAGAUUUGAGACACAACGAGCAAAGUCAGCGUUCCUCAACGAGUACAUUUCGGCGAGUGGGAGAGUGGUCUCAGACUCGCAGGCCGCGUAUGCCUUGACCAUAACUUUUGACCUCUUCGAAACACGCGAGCAAAAGAUGCGCGCCGGAGAACGCAUAGCGGAGAUAGUGCGCAGGAACGAUUUCAAAGUCGGCACCGGUUUCGCGGGGACACCGUUCGUGUGCGAGGCGCUCGCGCUGGCGGAGCAGACCCCUGUGGCAUAUGCGAUGUUGCUCAACGAGCAGUGUCCGUCGUGGCUCUACCCAGUGACGAUGGGUGCCACCACCGUGUGGGAACGCUGGGACAGCAUGCUACCUGACGGCACAAUCAACCCCGGCUCCAUGACAAGCUUCAACCACUACGCGUUCGGCGCGGUCAUCACCUUCUUCUACGAACGCAUUGUCGGGAUUAGACGGCUCGAGCCCGGCUGGAAGAGGGCCAGCUUUACACCCGCCCCUGGGGGAGGCCUGACGCACUCACAAGCGUCUGUCCUGACUCCGUACGGCCAGCUCUCAUGUUCCUGGAGCCUGGAUCGCAAGCCUAGCCGGCAGGUCAAUGGCGGGCAACACUGCAAUCUCCACCUCGCCGUCGUGGUCCCCGCAAAUGUGGUUGUGGAACUGGUUCUCCCGUCAAGUUCGUCAAGUUCGUUGGACUCUGAACGAAAGCAAAGCGUCAAGGAGCUCUCGUGCGGCAAUUGGUCGUUCUCCGUUCCAUGGGUUGAGCCUUCUGAUGCCGAAUGGCCUGUCAAGCCCAUUCACAUGAAACUCUUCGGCUGA